AUGAUGAGAACUCGUUUUGCUAUAUAUCUUAGCUGUGUAUUCCUCUUCUAUGUGGCUCAAGGAGCGAAGGUUACAUUCACAAACCAAUGCACAUACACAGUAUGGCCAGGAACCCUAACGGGUAGCCCACCUCAACUGAAAACAACGGGUUUCGAGUUGGCUUCAGGAGCCUCCAAUUCUGUGGACCUUCCAUCUCCAUGGUCGGGUCGGUUUUGGGCUCGAACCGGAUGCUCCGACAGCAACGGAGGGUUCACCUGCGCCACCGGUGACUGCGCCUCCGGCCAAGUCACAUGCAACGGCGACGGUGGAAAGCCACCCGCAACUUUGGUGGAGAUUACCAUAGCGCCAAACGGAGGACAAGAUUUCUACGACGUGAGCAACGUGGACGGGUUCAACGUGCCCGUGUCGGUGACCCCGCAAGGUGGGAGCGGUGAGUGCAAAACCUCGAUUUGUAAAACUGAUAACAUCAACGCUGCGUGCCCCACAGAGCUCCAAAUCAAAGGCUCCGACGGGAACGUGAUCGCUUGCAAGAGUGCUUGCGUGGCUUUCGGGGAAGAUCAAUAUUGUUGCAAAGGAGCAUAUAACAGUACCGAAACAUGUCAACCUACCAAAUACUCUUUGUUUUUCGAGAACCAGUGUCCCGAUGCUUAUAGCUACGCUUUCGAUGAUAUAAACAGCACUUUCACCUGCUCCCAAGGGCCUGACUAUGCCAUCACAUUCUGUCCUAAUUGA